AUGGCCAUUCUUUUUUUUUUUUUUUUUUUUUUUUUUUGUUUUUGUCCUUUUGAAACCGUUUGUCCCCUCCUCUUCUCCCUCCCCCGGUCCUUCUUGGCGAUGAGCGACGAUCCCGUGGUUCAGACACUCGCUUCCGAGCUGAGGACCGGCUUGGUCAUCGCUGACAGCGCUCCUCCGGCCGCCCACCAGCAGGAUGCUCUGGCGAAACAGUUUGCUGAGCUUGAUGCUGACAUCAGCAAGCUCGAUGCUGAAAUCACGCAGCUCGAUGCUAACAUCAUGCAGCUUCAGGCUGAUGCAGUGGCUCUGCAGAAUGACAUGGCCGUGGCGGAGCCGAGCACCGAGCAACGAGAAAACAUGAGCGUCGCGCUUGACGCGAAAGGCUUCCCCUCAAUUUCAGAGCUCGCGAAGUUUGUGUGGGGAAACGCUCUCGUCGAGCUGUUCACGACAGAACUCAAUACCAAGAUUAAGCAACUGGCCGCCGAGAAGGCAGCGCGGCUCGAGAAGAAGCAAAGGCUGGCCCUGGAGAAACAAACCGAGGGGCAGCACGAGUUUCCUACCUCGCUCCCUCCGUUUCCUCUCAUCCAGCACACUGGCCCUUCAACCAGCGUUUCGAAAACCCACGAGAAAGCAAAAUACCGUCCCCCGCAAGAUUUCGGGAUUAUUGAUGGCUUGACCGUACAGCUGCGGCGAGCCAAGUCAAUCUCCAGUGAAAACGGUUUGGCAAGCUUCGUCGCGCUCGUGCUCGAUUCACUUGCGUUCACCCUCAACCUAAAUAUCCUGGCGGAGGUCAAUACAACCAUGUUCGGCCAGUCGCCAGAUGUUCUCCUUCCCACUCACUGCGAUCGCCCGCUGGUGAUUGUCGAAGUCAAGAUGCCAGGCUCCUCCGUUAUGGCCGAUGAGUACAAUGCCGGUCAGACAUACGACUGCAUUCAUCGUUGCCAUUUGCAUUAUGGCGUCGGACCGCUCUUUGGCAUCCUCACGACUUACGAGGAGUGGCGUUUUGUCUGGUGCGAGGAUGAUUUCACCACCCGGUGUGCGAGUGCAACAACGAGAGCUGAAAUCGAAAUCGACGAACACGACAAACAACCCGCACGCCGUGAGAGGGCGAUUAAUGAUCGCUUCGGCGAGCUUCGCUCCACCCGCACGGCUCUGGGUCCUGAUGCGCCCCCCGCGACGCUCUGCAAUCCGCAUCAAUCUUCAUUUGAUGUGAAAAGCAAACCAGAGCCCGAUCGAUUUCUGUGUACGACUCGCGUUCUAAAGUUGCAAGGCGACGGGCCACUUCUGAUUAAUAUCCUUCGCAGCGUCAUUUACAAGGCGUGGCACUGGACGAUUUUCCAACCCAGCUUGGACGGCGCUUGUUCUGGUUUGCGGCUGACGGAGGCUUCCGUCUCUCGCCAAGACAGCGACGACAAAACUAAGUCGCCCGCUUACCAGUACUUUUACGAACAGAAGGCAAUGCCAGCGCUGGACCUCAACAAGUGGCGGUAUACCCCAGCUCGGGGUGCCGAAGCCACGUCUUUGGACUGCUUUGUCAAUCUCGGCCAGGGUCGUGAUGGCGACGCGUGGUUGGCUUCAGUUGCGACUGAAGCCCGUCCAGGUGUCUGCGUGGUGAAGUUGCGACAUCCCAAAGCCACGGCUGAGACGUUGUGCAAGGAAGAGCAGCAACGCUGGCACGCAAUCUGGGGCAAUCGUGAUUGGCCCGUCGAGUUGAACACCCUGUUCAAAGAUGUGCGGGUCAUCGAGUACCACACAUGGGCGGUCAUCAUGCCGUACAUUUCCCCGGCAACCGAGGCUGAUCAGAGCAAGCCCGAGGUCCAGGAUGCAGUUCGCGCCGCGGUCCAGCACAUGGCCAACUGUGGCUUUGAGCACAACGACCUGCACUGGCGUCACGUUGGCUUGUUCACUUAACCCAACCGGACAGUUGUAUGCUGUCUUGUUCGACUUGUCAGAUGUCACGGUGGUUGGCGACGACGACAAGGCUCGCAAGAACGCGUUGCAAGCGAUGCUGUCGAAUCUGUGUCUUCAAACCUCUUGAGACAAUGAUCGCUUUGUUUGUUUGUUUGCUUGUUUGUUUGUUUGUUCGACCUGCGUUGAGCAUGGCUCACUUGCACUUUUGACAGGACGAAAAAUCUGCCCAGUCAAUUACACCGCGCCGUUGUUCACCCGUUGUCCCAUCCUAAAGGUACUGUUUUUGAGUGGCAACCUUCCAUCAUGAAAUCGUGCAAUCGUUCAAAGUGUUACAGUAUGCUCAAACUGUGGGUUACAUUAAAGCGUGGACCAAAGACAGAGUGAGCUUUUUCGGUACAUUGAACUCCCUAGAUCUGUUUGAGUGUUUCUGUUAUGGAUUGAUGUA